UUUUUUUGUUUUUGAAUUAAAUUAAUUAAUUUAGAAGUGAAAUUGAAGAAUUACAAAGAAAAUUAUUAUCAACACAUGAACGUUAUCAUGAUGCAAUUAAAUCAAAUACACAUGCUAUAUCAACAAUACGUGAAUUUCGUGUUAAUGAUCGUUUUGAAUUAAAUCGUGAUGAUGCAACAUAUAAUUUAACAAUUGAAAGUGAAAUACCAAUAGAUAAUGUUCUUUUACAAUGCGAUGUUAUUUUGGAUAUACUUGAUGUUGAAAAAAAUUCUGCUGUUAUGAGUUUUAGUGAUUGUGAUCCAAAAGAUAACAAUGCAGUACUUGUUACUUAUCGUUGUCAAGUAAAUACAACACGUUUAGAAAUGCAUGUACGAACAAUAGAAGGUCAUUAUGGAACAUUACAAUUAUAUAUAACAUCAAAAAUUCAACCACGAUGUUCAAUGCUUCGACGACAUAUAAUUAAACCAUUAUCGUUACAUCAAAGAAGUACAAUAUCAAUUGAUCCGAAUAAACGAAUGAAUACAAUGAAAAUAACUGGUUCAUUUAGUUAUGCAGAAAUUCAUUCAUGGAUACAAUUUUGUCUUGCUGAUGUUCCUGAACGACCACCAGUUGAUAAAGAAAAUCGAUUAACUUAUACAAAUAUAUUUUUACAAACACAACUUGAAUGUAUAUACAGGCAAGACGAAGCUAUUUUUCGAUCAGAAAAUGUUUCAACUAUAUCAAUACUCAAAGAUGUAAUGAGUAAAAAAGCUACUGAGAAGAAAAUAACUUUAAAUAUCACUUAUGAAUUAAGUAAUGAAACAAUAGCAUCAACACUUAGUCAAAUGUUGCCGAUGAUUGCACAUUAUAAAACCUUAACAGAUAAAUAUAAUUUAAUUGAACCAUUAAAAGAAUUACUUAUGGAUGGUUCAUCUGAUGAUGUUUUAACACCUGAACAUAGACAUAUACUUAAUAAUGCUGAUUCUAUACGUGAACAAUAUAAGCAGACACCAGUUCAUCUUAAUCGUUUGUGUAGUAUGGUUGCUGAUUUAUUUAUUGACAAACAUAAAUUUGAAGGCAUAAAUGUUAAAGCAAAAAUUCCAGCUCUGUUCGAUAAACUCAAUACAUCAUUUUCUCAACCACAAGUUUUCAUUGACUUUUUUAAUUCAUUAUAA